GAGGAGAAGGAGGAGGAGGGGGGAGUUUGAUGAUGGGACGGGCUCUGUUGUCAGCUGCCACCCAAGACGUGAUUCAGCUCCAACAAUUACCAUUAUCUGUUUCCCAGUUUGACGAUACGGGACGAAUCUGUAAUGAUGACGAGUGUUUCCUUCGCUCAUUGUUGAAGCUCCGAGGUUUUUUUUUUUUUUUCUUCGUCCACACCUAACCAUCAUUGGGUGACAGCACUCGAGCUAUUCAGGUACUCAUCAGAGGAGGAGGCUUUAUAAGCGAACAGCCUUGUGUUUGCAGCUUAUGGAGUGCUAUUUGUGUAAAUACUGAGCCCAGGGCGCACACUGGUGUUUGGACAGCGCGUAAAGUGGAUCCCCCGAGGUUCUCGCUUUCUUUUUUUUAUCCUCCUCGGAUAGAUUCACCUCGAGUGCUUGCUUCUUCGUCUUCUUUUCCACGCAAAACAAACCCGGGUUGCGCACAAGGACGCGAUGGCUGCACCGAGCAAGUUCAGCUUUUCCGUCAGGAGCAUCCUGGAUUUGCCUGAGAAAGAUGCGGAGGCAGCGCCGCGGUCCUCCCCGGUUUACUCCUCUUGCUCCUCCGGGUCGCCCUACUCCUCCUGGAUCGACUGUGAUCGGAGCCCAUGCAUGUCUUCCGAUGAAGGCAGUUUCGAGGCCUCUCCCGACUCAACCAAGCCGGAUGACUCGUCUCUGGACUCGGAGCCGGAGAGGAGCAAGAAGAGCAAGAAGCGCCGCGUUCUGUUCUCCAAGGCCCAGACCCUGGAGCUGGAGAGGCGCUUCCGUCAGCAGCGCUACCUGUCCGGCCCGGAGAGAGAGCAGCUGGCCCGGCUCCUUAGCCUGACUCCGACCCAGGUGAAGAUCUGGUUCCAGAACCACCGUUACAAGAUGAAGAGAGGCCGAGCAGAAGGAGCGCUGCAUGACGCGGAGAUACCGCAGCCUCCGCUGCUGCGCAGGGUCGUCGUUCCGAUCUUGGUCCGGGACGGAAAACCUUUUCACACCUGCUUAAUUGACACUGAGAAAGCUGCUUGCUUACCUCCUCCUCCUCCCUCUCAGGUGGUACCUUUCCCCCUAGCCUACCCAUCUCUGCAGCAUCCCUCCUCGGUCGCCCUUCCUCCAAGGUACCACCAGCACUUUCCAGCCGCUGCGGCCUCCAGACUGGCCUGGAGAGACUUUUGGAGCGACUCGGUCCAGUUCAGUUCUUUCAAGUGAAAGGCCUCAUUUCCAAUGCACAGACUCAUUUAGAAGGGCAUGAAGUGUUUUCCGAAUGUUCCGCAAAAUUUCGAGCUACUUAAACGUUUAGAUUUUCACUAUAGAACGAAAUAUAUUUUGCACAUUUUUAUUUUGAUAUUUUACGCGCUGUCUCGGAUGCUGAUAAGAUGUUGUCUCACAUGGCUCACUGGCGUAGCCUCUAGAUAUUUUUUUAAUUAUCCAAUGAGAUGAUUUAUGUGUACGUUUUUUUGUUUAAAAAAUGCUUUUAAAACAUGAUAUUUGCCUAAAUAACUUGUUGAAGGCCAAUGAGGUUCAGUAGGCUGCAUUAGGCGGUAAUAGCAGAGGGAUGGUGUAGCAGCAAAGCCACUAUUAGCCUGAGCGCAUGAAUGAGAAAUAAUGUUAUUUGUUGUCUUCGAGGAGACUUUCUUUAAGUUUAACUGUUUCUUUUUGUGAACGAAUUUAUUAAUAAAAUCUUUCAUAUUUUGUAUGAUAA